UCGUGCUACAGUUUAACAGCAGCAGAAGAAGCCGCAGAGGGAGGAUGGUCAGACACAUGUUCUCUAAUCUCCUACUACUCUGGUCACUCAGCCAUGACCUUUACAUAACUGGACUGCCAUAUCAUGAGCCGCAGGAGCAGUCCUGGAACAACCAGAGUCUCGAUUCUGUCCCUCUGGAUUUGGAUGUAAGGCUUAGAAGACUAGACCUGUCCAAUAACUUCAUCAGACAGUUGCACACACUUGCUUUGCCAUACUUGGAACAGCUGGACCUGAGCUCCAACCAGCUGGAUCUCAUCUCCGAAGGGGCUUUUGAAAACCUGGCUCGACUUGAGAAGUUGAAUUUGUCCAGAAAUGCACUGAACAACAACUUUGGCAGGAACGGCAAGGCCCUCCAAACCAUCAGUAGACUGAAGAGUUUGGACAUAUCAAUGAACGGCUUGAGAGAUGAUGCAGUGGAAGUGUACCUCCGAAACAAAUCUUCUCUUGAUCAGCUUAAGAUGACUGGUAAUGCUUUAACGAGACUUUCACACAGCUUGUUCAAAGAGAGUACAGGUUUGAGGGCCAUUACUAUUGAUGACAACCAGAUAUCGGUGAUAGAGCAGGGAACGUUUGAACCAUUGGGUCAUUUAGAGAUGCUUGACUUGGCCAGAAAUAACCUCGCACAUAUCUGUGAUUUCAAAUUGCCUCAAGUUAAAUAUCUAAACCUCAGUCAAAAUUCAGUGGAGUUCUUUGUCACGCAUGAGAAUGACCAGAUGUACAGGCUUGAAAUCCUCGACCUGAGUCACAACAAACUCAUUUAUUUCCCAAUUGUUCCAAAAAUGAAUCGUUUAAAGUAUCUUUAUCUACAGAAUAAUAUGGUUGGUGCCUUACAGUCAGAGGCUACAAUGGUAUCACAGGCCAAUGCUCUUUACAGGGAGAUUAUGCGUGAAAAAACACCUAGAAAAAAUAACCUGCACUCAAACUGGAGGCUGAUGCCACUGACUUAUAUUGACCUGAGCUAUAACCACUUCACGUCUUUCCCACUGGAGACUUUGAGCCGUCUCUUAAAUUUAGAAACUCUAAAUUUCAGUUAUAACUGUUUGCAAAACAUCACCUGGAAUGUACGAAAUGAUCAAUCAGGGCACCAUCGGCAGCUUUUCUUCCCCUCCUUAAAGUACCUCGACCUGCAAAGUAAUGGACUUGCAUCCAUUUCCCCACUAUUUCUUAAUGCGCUCACGCAAAUAGAAACAUUAAAUCUCCAAGACAAUUCAGUGCAACCAUGUGCCCCCAUGGAGCAUUUUCCGAGCUCUCAGCCACCGCACCACAUGAAUCUCAACGCAUCCUGUGUUGUCUUUGGGCAGUUAAGGACUCUUAAACACCUCAACCUUAAAGACAACAACAUCGAAAUGCUUCACCCAAACACAUUUCAGAAAACCUCUUUGGUUUCUCUAAACCUCGCAAGCAAUGCACAUAUGGGAAUGCAAGAAGGCUCAUUGGAAGGUGUGCAAGAGACUCUUCAGUCCUUGAUCAUCAGUGAAAUAAACAUGACCACCUCUGAGCUGUCUUUACCCUGCAUGCCAGUGUUAACGGAGCUGAACGUAUCUAACAACCAUCUAGAUGGGAUACCCAGCAGCUUGAGCUGCUCUCCUCUGAGAAAAAUCGACAUAAGGAAUAAUCGUUUCGCCACUUUAAACCAGUCUUUGAUUCUUGCUUUAUCUGUAAGCCUCAAUGUUAUGUAUAUUAGUGGAAAUUAUUUUAACUGUUGUGACAGUAAAUGGCUGAAAAUACUUCACGAGCUUAAGAUAAAACUGCCUGAUGUGAGCGAUGCUGUGUGCUUUACAAGUGAUGGAAACAUUGUAAUGACAGAGUAUCUGAGAAAUCCUUCGGUGAAUUGUUUGUUUCACACAAAAGCACAGGAAGUCCACUUUGGAACAAUGAUCAUCAUUGUUUUAUUUGUAAUUGUUAUUUUAACAGUGUUCAUCAUAAUCACCAGGAAGGUGUGUUUCACACAGACAUCAUUUAGUGUGACAUGAUUGUUCUGUAAACGCACAUGGCUUACAUAAAGUAAGCAAACCAAACCCAGCUCAGAAACUGGAUAGCAAACUGUAACCGAAGCAUACUUCCUGUGUCUUUCAUUGUGCAUGAUCCUUUUUACGAUGAACAGAAGUGGGGUUUAAUGGCUGCUUGGACUAUAAAAACUAGAUUUUCAGAUAAUAAAACACAGUCAAACCUUCAUCAUCUGUCAUGAUUUAUCCUCAUCUCCAUUCAAGCCUUUCUUGUAUGACUAACCCUGCAACAUUUUUAGCCUAGUAGAACACACAUCCUGCUGUGUGACCUGUGCAGCCAAAGUGUUGUGAUUGAAAUUGGCUUUAUCGACUCCCAAGCUGUUUGGUUACAGUGCGUGCCAAAUCGCUAAUCAGGCAGAGAAUUCUUGCCCAUACUUCAUUGUGAAAUAUUUGUUUGCAACUAAAAAUUAAACUUGGCUCAAAUUUUUAUGACGUCUGCGAGGCGUUGCACAACAUUCCCAGAAUCUGGACUCCUGAACAAUCCAAUAAAAACGCCAAUAGGAGACCUACGAGUUUCUGAAUUACC